CGUCUUGCAUCCUUUAAGGGAAGCCUUGGAAGUUUCCAACAUUGGUUGUUGAGCGACCUCACGUCACGUGGGUUCAAGCCUAAAGACCACCGGAUACAUCCAUCCAAACACUCCAUCAUGUACCUUCCUUACCUCAAUCGGUUCAUUUUCCUUCUCUGUCUUCUAGUCAUGAAAAGUACGGCAGAUCUCCCUAUUCGUCUCAUAUCUCACAACAUACGAUAUGCCACCACUUCUCCUUUUGUGGGUGAGAAACCAUGGCCGGAUAGACGGCCACUUCUAUUAUCCGAAUUGAAGUUCAACACUCUAUACAACGCCGAGUCUUUCAUUUGCCUCCAGGAAGUGCUCCAUACACAGCUGGUCGACAUCAUGGACGGAUUGGGGGAUGAGUGGAGCUAUAUCGGUGUGGGGAGAGACGAUGGCAAAGAGAAGGGCGAAUACAGUCCCAUCAUCUUCCGCAAAGGGGUAUGGAAUGUCGAUACAUGGAAGACGGUGUGGUUAAGCGAGACACCCAAUGUCCCGGGGAAAGGGUGGGAUGCUGCGAGCGUGAGGAUCGUCACUGUGGGGUCUUUCACCCAUCUGACAAGCAAGAAGAAGUUGGUCGGCAUGUCCACCCAUUUCGAUGAUCAGGGAAUCGUGUCUAGGAGGGAGAGCGCAAAGCUUGUGCUCAAGGUUGUCGAUGAGGUCACCAACCCCAGUAAUUCCUCGUCCUCUGGAAGCGACCGGCUUCCUGUGUUCCUGGGUGGAGACCUCAACUCAGAGCCCUUGGGCGAGGCUUUCCAGAUCCUCAAUUCUCAAGAUUCAUCACUUCAAGAUAUCAGGGAAUUGGCCGGGUGGAAAUAUGGCAAUAACAAUACGUUUACAGGGUUCCAGGAUAGCGAGAGGAAGACGCUCAUUGAUCACGUCAUGGUGGGGCGGCAAGAGACGGAUUGGCAAGUCAAAGGCUAUGCAGUGCUGGAGAAUCGGUUUGAAGAUGGAGUUUUUGUCUCGGACCACCUAGCAGUAGUGGGUGACGUAGUCUUGAGGAUGUAA